UUUCAGGUAAUCCAGACGGCUCCCAUCGUCCCUUCGUAGUCUCCGUAGUACUAACAGUAGAUCAAUAGUAGAAAAUGGUUCGUUCGGAUAGCGCAGAAGAAGAUCAAAUCAUCAUUGAUGAUGGAUUUGAUCUAACUGAAGAGGACGAGGAGAUGAUGAGUUCGGGUACAGGUGCAUUGCCCGUGACUAUCGCCGACUGGAAUUCCGUGACAAAUGCACGAAUGGCACCACCAUCCAUCAUGUCAGCUGCUUCGGCAUUUGAUUUGACGGCUUCUGGAAUGCAGAAUUCGUUGCGUUCUGUCUUGCCUACCUCGACGAUUGGGCAUGCACCAAUGCUCGCCAACCGGUCACUAUCCCAACCGGCGCCACUUUCACCAACGUCGCUCGACCCCGACAGAAGAUCCAGAAUGCGUCGGCAAAUUGCCAAUUGCAACGAGCGGCGGCGGAUGCAGAGCAUCAAUGCGGGAUUCUUGGCUCUAAGAGCCUUACUUCCCAGAAAAGAGGGAGAAAAGCUGUCGAAGGCGGCUAUUCUGCAGCAAACUGCGGAUAUGGUUCAUCAACUUUUGGGACACAAAGGAGAAGAUAUACCUGACGGUGGAGAACCCAAAAAACUCAAACUUGAAGAAGAUCACCACGACGCUGACCAUCAAGCGCAAAUAGCACAUCUCCAAACAAUAUUAGAAACUGAACGAGCCGCCCGUAAGGCUUUGGAGAGUCAAGUAAUUCAGCUCCGUGAGCUGCUCCAAAUGACGACAACAUCAUCGCAAGCAUCGUCACCAGUGACACCAAGAUCUAAUGGUUCUGGUGGUUUCACAUUGCCAUCUUCAUAUGCUUCAUCGGCUCUUCCUACUCCGUUACGAGAAUCACCGGAAAGGAAACCAUCAUUUCAAGAUACAACAAGUACUCCGUUGUCUCUUUUGACACUGAACGGUAGUCCAACUUCUUCUGAAUCAUUGGCGUCUCAACGUAUAUUCCAUCCGCCUCCAACAUUGCCAAGUUUAGAGACAACUGUUAUCCGUCCUACACCACUACCACCAAUAUCAGUUGAAAUAUCAUCACCAUCUCUGUCAACUCCAUCACCUUUGACUGCCGCUCCAAUAAUCUUCUCAACAGCAGUUCCAACUCAAUCGAGUAUUUUGUUCCAAACAGCGGCGGCAGCGGUCACCUCGGCCAUGUCUACCGGUAACUCGACACCCGUCGCAUUGCCACAUCAUCUGCAGGGACAUAAUUCUGCGUUUGUAAGCACACAACCGAGCCUGACCCUGUCUCAAUCAAUGCAAACAAUUGUUGAAGCUAUUCGUCAUUUGGAGGGAAGUCAUUUCAUUCCAACAUCUCCUCCACCAACCUCACAGACAUCGCUCGUCCGUUGAGCCUGACUUUUGACAAAUGUAGAGUUACAAUUACAAAUACAAUUAUCAAAUUUUCCACGUUUCAUAAUCUCUCUCUCUUUCUCUUUUUCUCUCUUUCUUUCUUCAGGUUGAUCCUGUUUUUUGCUCUUCAUCUUUUUUCUCUCUCUCACCAGGCACAGUAUCUAUCAUUUUUAUCACAAAAUUUGAUGAAUUUUUGUUCUUUUCCCAUUUUUCUUCUUGUUUUAGGUAUACUACUUGUUGUGUUUCUAUGAAAUGUUUUUUUCCAAAAUUUUUUGUGCCGAUUGUGGUCUUCUUGUCAUUUUUCUUCUAAUCAAUCUAGCUUCCUUAUUUCCCGCGCUCUCACGGACCUAUCCAUUGUUUCGUUCUCCCCACCGAUAACUUUUUGUUUUUUCAUUUUCCUUUUUUUCCAGUCUUGUUCAUCUCCAGACACUGCCCCGUUACUUUUACACAAAUCGUGUCGAUUUCCUCUUUUUUUCAUUUUUCACCCGGUGGUUUUGUUGACCGUAUGUGCAGCUUGAAACACUUUCAUUUUCAGACCUCAAUAUGUCUCUCUAUUGCUAUCGCGCAAUAAUCAUAACUAAAUAAUUUAAAUAAACCUCAAUAGUACAACCACUG